AUGUUUCUCCUCCUGUUUGAUGCUUCAAAGGAUUUCAGAGAAAGAUGGCAGUCACGUCAGAAUACUUCUGAUGGUAAAGUGCUGUUUGGUGAGGUUGUUCCAACCCCUGUCAAUUGGGUCCUCUUCCGUAAAUUUUUUCAAGAGCUAGAGCUGAAUAUCAUUAGUGUAUCUGAUGCCAUUGCCAUUGGAGUGGCGUGCCAUAUACCAGCAGCUGAUGUUCCUGAAGUAUUAAAAUUCUACCAUGAGCUGGGAGCUGUGCUUUACUAUCCUCAAAUAAAAGGUCUCAAAAAUAAAGUCAUUCUGAGUCCAAAAUGGUUUGUUGGUGUCAUUGGGAAAGCAUUCCCACUGGAUAAAGGGUGGAGUGAAACAUAUACAUGUAGAUGGUGUUUGUUACAAACUAAAGGUAUUCUUGUUCAACCACUCUAUAAAGAGAUAUGGCAGUCAAGUGGUAUUGAUCCAGAAGAAAUAAUUGAACUUUUAGUUCAUUUUCGUCUUGCAGCUCAAGUUCAAACCGAACAUUAUGAUAGCACAUUCAAGCAAUAUUUUCUUCCAGCAGUGCUACCAGGAUACACAGGUGACCCUAAUGAAGUACGGCCUGGUUAUAAGCUAAGAGCCUCACCUGUACACAUUACAUUCUCCACUGGGUAUGUACCUCCUGGCUUCUUCACUCGUUUAGCAACUGCUGUAGCCACUGAUACCAAUGUUAAGCUCAAUUUUGAUAAUGUUUAUGUAGCACCUGCUGUUGGUUUCUUUGAUCGAUUAGCUAUUACCAUGAAUCUUCGUUCCAAAGUUGAGAGAAGAAGCAUCUAUCGUAAUCGUGUCUGCUUCUCUUAUGGUCAUCCUUCUGAUGAUUUUGUUCUCACUGAUAUUAAUGAAGCUAUUCAAGUUGAUGUGUUGAGAUAUGUCCCUGAGAGUAGGCAUCCUCUUUCUUUGAAAACAGUUUGUCAGCAAAUAUUGAAGUUACUAGAUGAUUGUUGCCAACAAGUAGAAGAAACUCUGAUUCUUUAUCAUCACCAUAAUGAUCGAUCAUCAAGAAAAAUACAAUAUGUGUGUCGAUGCAGACAUUCAAAGGAAGUUCAUUACAUUAAAGACAUUGAUGCUGAGAAGCAGAUGUGCUCUGAUCCUGUUUACUGCAAAAAGGAAAGACGCCCUCGCUCCCUAACUAAUAAUGAGUCACUGUGGUUUAAAGAAAAGACAAAACAUAUGCCACAAGAAAAACAGCUCCAAUUAGAGACUUCACCUAGACUUGUAGACCUAAAAGAGGAUAAUGAUGAUGAUGAUGAUGAUACUACUCUAUUAAUUCAAAAGGUCAAAUCAACUACUAAUUACUCACCCACACAGAUCAAUAUUAUUCUUCAAAAGCUAACAUUACUAACGUCAAAUUUGGAGCGUGGUAUUAAGGGAGAUGGAGGAGUAAAGUAUAAUAAUAAUAAAGAUAAAGGAACUACAACCAACACUUUGAAUGGAUCUCAGGAACAUGGAAGUACUUCAAUAGAGAAAGGACAGUCUGAUAUUGAUGUACUUAAGAUCAAUGAUGAAGUACAAGAAACACUCACUGAUAAACUGCUUGGUAAGACUAUAAGAGAGUAUAUAGUACUGUUAUUAUUAUCAUGCAGGUAUUACAGAUCUUGCUACAGUCCUUCAAGAAUUAACAUUAAAUCAACAGUUUGA